AUGGCAACUUCAGGCGCGGUUGGGAUCUUAUGGGCAGUCUUCUCCUUGUUGCUUGAAGUGGUGUUGUUUUGGUUCAAGAAAUUCAGUGGUUGGUUGAAAUCGAAAGGGCCCCUAGACGAUUGGCUCGAUGCGUUGCGAAAUGCUGAGGUCUACGAGGAAUGGGAGCAUGCCGCGCUUCAUUUGGACAAUAUCAAGCAGCUGAAUCUAUGGCGCAACGACCCCUCCUCCAAGUGCUACGACUGGGCGUUGAUUCACCGACGCCUCGAGUCCUUGAGCGCCGCUGGCCAAGAAAGAAACAUACAAGCACUGAUCGAUCUUGUCCGAGCUGGACUCGUCCGUAACCUCGGCAAUAUCACUUCCCCGAAGCUAUACAAUCGGGCGUUUGCAGGCACAAAAUACCUGGUAGAAGAAUAUAUAGCACAGGUCGUCGAGUCUAUCGAUGACAUCAACGCCGACGCGGCUCCCGCAACUGCUCCUAUCCUGGACAGCAGUGAACCACCCCAGCCAAGCAUAUCCACCCAGCGCAAGCUGAACUUCCUACAUGAUGCAAGGCAGGCCUUUGGACGAACCACAUUGGUCUUGCAAGGCGGCGCCAUCUUCGGUCUUUGCCACCUGGGAGUCGUGAAGGCGUUGUUCCUUCGAGGACUUCUACCACGCAUUAUCACGGGCACAGCCACUGGCGCGUUAAUCGCUAGCCUGGUCGCGAUCCACACCGAGGAUGAACUACCUAGGAUUCUCAACGGUGAGGGCAUCGAUCUCUCCGCCUUCGAGGCACAUGCACAUCAUGGGCAACAGACGGGAAAGCAGACUGUUGAAUAUGGUUGGGAAACAUUGUUGCGCCGCGUGAAAAGGUUCUGGAAGGAAGGGUACUUCCUGGAUGUCAAGGUCUUGGAAGAGUGUGUCAAAGCCAAUGUUGGUGACUUGACUUUUGAAGAGGCGUUCAAUCGCAGCAAAAGAGUUUUGAACAUCACAGUUGCGACAGAAGGCCAGGGUGGAGUUCCCACCUUGCUCAACUAUGUCACAGCACCCAAUGUGCUCAUAUGGACUGCCGCCGUGGCUUCGAAUGCCUCCACUCCUUCACUUUACGGAAGUCGGGGGACAACAGUCUUGUGCAAAGAUGUUGACGGGAGUAUCGUCCCUUGGGCACCAGCACAUAGCUUCAAGCACUACACUUCGUCAUCGUCUGCAGCAAAUAAAGCUCGCACAAGCCCGCUGGCCCGGAUUGCACAGCUUUUUAACGUCAACCAUUUUAUAGUUUCACAGGCCCGGCCCUAUUUGAUCCCCUUCUUGGAAUCCGAUAUGCAUGGACCAUCACUGUUCGCAGCACGACACAGGCGGCAUCAAAUUACAGGAAAUAUUAUCCGAAUAGUAGGUCUAGAGACUCGCCACAGGUUAAGACAGCUUGACACACUGGGGUUACUGCCCGCUAGCAUAAGACGCUUCCUGGUUGAUGAAGAGAUCCCAGGAGCAACCAUGACGUUUGUGCCCAAGGUGACAACGUCAGACUUUGUCCGUCUGCUUGAGACACCCACGAGAGAAACCCUAGAGUAUUGGAUCCUUCGAGGUGAACGCAGUGUUUGGCCUGCUGUCUGCGCCCUGCGCAUUCGUUGUGCCAUCGAAUUCGAGAUUGAGAGAACUUAUCAGCGGGUCCGGUCGCUCAAGGCCGGCGGGCUACGUAGGAAGGCCAGUGUCAGUGCAGACAGUCUCCCUCAGCGGCCACUCCCUGAGGCGACACUCACUUCGACACACGAAAGGCGUGAUACAAUGACUGGGACAAGCGGGUUUGACUAG